AUGUACCUGACAAAGUUGGUCCGGGCUGCUGCUUCUGAGCGAGCUCUAGUCCCCGCUGCUGACGAUGCUGCUGCUGCGGCUUCGGGUCAAUCAACUGCUGCUAUUAGAGGGGAUGGAGCGUUUGCUGUAAAGGGAGUGGAAGGUACGUGUGGGUUGAUGAGCGAGGAGAGGGACGGAGGCUGGGGCGAUGGUGCUGCUGGGAGUGGGAAGGGACUGCUUGAGGGGAGAGGAGGAAGGGGGGAUGGUGAAGGGAGUGGGAGGGAACUGGUUUGGGAACAUAGUGGAGGACGAGAGGAGGGAGCAAGGGAGGAUGGGGAAGAGCAUGGGAGGAGUGGUUGUUGUCGGAAGAGGCGGAAGAAUGGAAAGCAGGAGGGAGACUUGGAGGAUGUGUCGAAAAGGAAAGCGGGGAGAGGUGUGCAAGAGCAAGAGGGGGAAGGAGUGCAGGAGGCGAAUGGCCCCGAGGAGGUGCUUUCAGGCAAGCAUGCGAAUUCUGACCUCUUCCAAGUUGUUGGAGCCGAACCUGAAAAGGCUGGGACUGGCACGGAAGUUGGAAGUGAGCAAUUGCAGGUGGUUGGAGCUGAAAAUGACGAAGCUGAGCAGUUGCGGGUGCAGCCGCUGUCUCGGUGCGUGCUGCAGCGAGAGCCCCUGUUCGACCAGAUGAUUGCCAACUGGUACAGCGGAGACCAGGGUAUCAAGCCGCAUGUGGACUUGAUGCGGUUCGACGAUGGCAUUGCCAUCCUCUCCCUCCUCUCCCCCUGCGCGAAAGCGAAGGCACUUUACCGGGAUGCUCUCAGGACGGCGCGACUCGCGCCGCCAGAAUCCCGAGCUGAUUUGGAGAAAAUAAUCCGAGACGAAGCAGAGAAGCAUGCUGGGGAGAGCGACAUCAGCAAGAUACGGUUUUACAUGAGCGAGGGCAUGCAGCGGUUGAAGGAGCUGAAGUCCAUGCUGGAUAAUCAAGGCCGCUGA